AUGAGUGAGACCCCCUCUCAGCCGACAACCACUCCCGCCCGCCGCCGGCAGGGCCGUGGCAACGGUCGUCCUGCAGCCCAAAAGGCCUACGCUUCCGAGAAUGACGUUAUCAACGUCGACCCGUCUCGUUACGACCGCACUCCGCGAACACCCCAGAAGCCUGGUGUCGACUCUCCCGCGCCUCACACCAACAACGUCAACUCCAAGCAGCGAUCUCGAAACAAGCCCCGGGCCCCCAAGAACGUCCCGACUUCCCCAGAGUCGGGUCGCCCCGGCCGUCAUACCCCACCUCACCAGUCUUCCUCCAUGAAGUCGGCAACUGUCCCAGCAUUUGCUGGAGCCACCUUCCACGCCUCGCCGGCGCCAUCUGCCCUGCCUCUUCCUAGUUUCGUCACCAAACCUUCCACCGACUCUCCUAGCGUCAAGCCAUCCCGCGAAAUUCUCCAGGAGCCUUCGCCUCCUACCGACUCUGAGGCGCCGACGCCUUCGCAUCAUGCAUCAAUGCCAUCAGUCCACGAAUCUCCUCUUGAUUUCAUGUUCCGCGCCCACCGCCAAGAGAAAGAGCAACAGCGCCGCGACAGCCCCGCCAACUUCAGACCCUCGGCUCUCGCAUCUGAUUCUCCAUCCUCUCGAUCGCCCUUUGAAUCUGGCAGUUUCCCCAAAGCGUCAAACCUCCCCCAAUCAGCUCACUCCCAGUCGAGAUUCCAGUCUGGAAUCGGCAGCGCUGAGUUGGAUGGAACACCUGGCCGCACGCUAGGUCCAGCAUUCUCUACACCAUACCAAGAUCGCAUCAAGGCCGCUCGAUCAGGCACUGCUCGAUCGCCUGCUGCACAGCAGCUUCCACGACAAUCCUCUGCCCCGGAGCCGGGCGAGGACCCCACCGAGGCUCUCAAGAAGUUCUUGUUUAGCGGACCUUCUGUGUCCGCAUCCAACUCUGCAUCCGACGGAUUCUCUCCUGUCCGGCCUUCCCACACACAGGCCAACAACGUUCCCACUAUGCCCAACGCAAAUGGCGCCCACGAAGGCCGCUCUAAUAACCUCCAAGCAAUGGAGGAUGAUCUUCGACGAAUUCUCAAGUUAGAUCUAUCCGCUGGACCUGCCAAUGCUCAGCGACGUCUCUUUUCUUAG